AUGACCUUGGCCGCCACGAAAGCCUCAUCGCGCCACCGUGUGCGCAUCACCAACAAGACGCGCCUUCGCGUCACGCGGCAACCUCUCGAUGAUCUUCAGGAAACCCGCGACGACGAGGUGGUGAGGGCGGACGUGUCUACGGCCGGUGUGGACGUAGAGGACGCCAAGGAGCACCAUCUCCAGGCUGUUCUCUCGGCCGCGCAGAAGCAGCAAGCCCAGGCCCCCUCAGCGGAGAGCUCCGUUAAAUCAGCGCUCCCCGCUCCUGAGCUUGUAAUUCCCGUACCCGACCAUGCAGGCACCGUGGACAGUUAUGAGCAGCAUUACCCCGCAGAUCGCUGGACGGACCCACAUUCUUAUGUCAAAGUCUCCAGCGUAGUCGAGGAGUGCAUUGAUGCGAAUCUUAAUGGCGGCUUCACCUACUACAUGGACGAACAAGACCAGGAGUGGCUCGACGCCCAGAACAAGCUGGCCAGUACACUCCCGCUAACGCCCGUGAGCGCCGCUCCGCGUGCAUCUCGACGCGGCAGCAUGCGCGAGUCUGCCGAGCCGCCGCGAGCCUUUCCUGCAUCUUACGACGAGUUUGAGCUUGUCAUGGGCUUGCUAGAGCUCGUCACGGAGGAGAAGGCGCCGCUACUGCAUCAUGACCAGGUGUUCCCGCCAUUCACCGAUUAUCUCGACGUCUUCGCUCACGAGCUGUCGGCCGAAAUCUUUUCAUCCUUCACGGUCCCUGUCUGGGUACCGCCUCCUGCACGCAUGGCGUCGCUCGCAUCCGCGAUACAUCCUUACUGGAAGGAGCGCCGUACUUGUCGCAGGGGGCAGCGCAUUAUCCCUACCUUAAAUUAUGAUGAGUCAGACGUCAAGAACGAAUCUUACGUCUGCUUCAGGAGACGUGAGGUCAAGGCUGUCCGGAAAACGCGCCAUUCGACUGCCAACGCAGUCGCAACGGAGCGUCUGCAGCGUCUCAAGGGCGAGCUCGAAAUAGUCGCCCAGCUAUCUCGCGCGUUAUGUAAACGCGAGACCUUGAAGCUCGAGCAAAACCGCGCCAAUCAAGACGUUUUCAAUAGGCGAAAGAACCUUGUCGACCUCCUGCGCGCCGAUCCCUCCCUUGCGGAGGCGAAGGAUAACGAUCUGUUUGUUGAUAAGGAUCCGACGCCUCGACCAAAGAAGGCUAAGGUCCAAGCCGCCGCGGAAGAUGGCGCGGAGCCUCGUCGUCCUGGUCGACCGCCCAAGGUUCCUCGUAAUGCAGCGCCUCCACCAACGCCUACUUCUGCAACGAAGCCUGACAGGGCGCCCGUACCCAUGCAUCCUCAUGAGCGCUACAGGCUCGCCAAGUCGCUCGAGGAUGAGCUGGAGAAGGACGCUCGGGACUCCGACAUGGACGAUGCCUUCGAUGAUGACUCAUCAAGGUCGAUAUACCGUCCCGCAUCCGACCGCGCCUUCCAGUCCGUCCUCAGACCCUUGAACACAGAUUUCCCCGGUCCGGAUCGCGAGGAGGACCCUUUCCAUUACCGGGCUGUGCGUACCCGACGCGGACGGGGUGGACUCAAGCGUGUCGAUCGUCGCGCCUCGCCGCAUCGGUAUCGCCAGGCAAAAGAAGACGACAGUCUCUUCGUUAUGCCACGACGCACUGCCUUCGCUGAUCCGGACGCCGGGGAGAACGCUUUGGACGAGGACGCCGACGUGCUUCGCCGUCGGCGUGCCCAAUGGUUGUUCGACAGUGAUGAGCCCAUUGACACGGAGCCUCGUGUUCUUGCUGACGACUACUCAACGAAGUACUUGGCACGGACCAUGAGCCUCGUUACGGACCCUGAUCGUCGCAAACUGUACGAUUGCACAGUAUCGUGGACGGACGGAGAUGGCGUGACGCAUAAGCUUGGACCUGUUGUGGACCCGAUGUCAGAAGAUAUCUACACAAAGCAACGCGCAAUAGAAGCCCACCUUCGUGCCAGACGUCGCGAACAUAUGGAGGCUCAACGUCGCGCGAUGGCGCAGGCUCAAGCUCGGGCCCACGCUCAAGCGCAGGCUUCAGCCAAGGACAUCAAAGCCGAAGCCUCCCCCGAACGGAAAGGCGCCGAUUCGGCGUCCAUGGAUGUCGACGUGAAGGUCGAGCCCAUGGCACCUCCGACACCCGUCUCCGCACCUCCAUCCAUCUCCACACCACGGCUUCCAUCUGCGCUCUUCGCUGAGCGCUCCGGGACGCCGAACAGUGCCAUGUCUGCAGCACACAUGCACGGACGCAGCGCAAUGCAAGCCUUCCACUCCCGUGGUGCGAUUCACAUGCCGUGCGUGCCUCCAAAGGGCUCGGCAUCAUCGCCCCCUCUCGAUGUUGGCGGACAGGGCGGUCGGUUUGGCGCCGCGUACAUCACCGCGAAGCCGGGCCCGCUGCCUUCUCCCCCGACCACCGCUCCGAUUCCAAGCGAGGCCUCGCCUUGA